AAUGCGGAAGGAAGCCCAAUGCAUUGUGGAUGAUAUGGGAGUUUACUUCCUCUGAAGCAGUUCUAAGUUUACUCGUAUUUUGUGUCAUUUAAAUCAUGCCUGCUUAUCAUUCGAGUUUAGAGGCGCCGAUGUCUAUCGGUAAUAUGGCGCUGUUGCCCGUCAACACCACCUUCAAAGGUCCAGCACCUCCUGGAAACCAAAGUGGUCCAGAUAUUAUUGAUGAAGCAAUCUACUACUUCAAAGCCAAUGUCUUCUUCAAAAGUUAUGAAAUUAAGAGUGAGGCAGAUCGUGUUCUCAUUUACCUUACACUUUAUAUCACUGAAUGUCUGAAGAAGCUGCAAAGGGUACAAGGAAAAGAGCAGGCCAAGAAAGAUAUGAAGAACUUGGCCAUUGUCAACUUUGAUUUGCCAGGAGAUUCAGGCUUUCCAUUGAAUGCAAUGUACCAGAAACCAGCCAAUAAACAAGACGCAGACACCAUGAGACAAUAUCUGACUCAACUUAGACAAGAACUUGGACAGCGACUUGUAGAAAAAAUCUUUGAUCCUCAGACUGACAAACCUUCAAAGUGGUGGAUGUGUUUUGUCAAGAGAAAGUUCAUGGACAAAAGCUUGUCAGGUCCAGGACAAUAAGAGGUUACCCAAG